UAGUGAGAUUGGAGGUGAACGGACGGCGGAGUGUGAGGCUGCGAGACUGAACUGAGACCAAGGGUGGAGCGUCGAGACAGAGGCCACGCGAGGAAGCUGCUCCCUUUGCUGCAACGCGACCCGCGACCUCACGAGGGAGGAGGUAUUUUUUUUUCAAAUUCUGCGGCUGGGCGGAGUUCCCUGCCAGUUACCACACGGCCGCGCCAAACGAGUUCGGGAAUGGAAAGAUGCCCGGCUUUCGGGAGUUAGACUCGCGAGCACAUCCUACGACUGGUGAGGACACGGUUAUCAGCAUUCUGAAGGUAUCCCGUAUUUGGGCCUCUACUAGGUAAAUGUCGACGCAUAUUCACCGAGGAUACAGCUACUCCUCAAGAAAGGCGAGCAACGAUUGAACCAGGGAAGAGAGCUGAUGUGCAGUCGAUGAAUCGGCGGCUGAGUCCAAUUGGGAUGCGGAGACACCAGACAAGGGAAUUUAUGUCUGGUUUGGCAGCAACAUUGAACAGAGCGCCGCUGUGGCAGUGUGUGUGUGUGUGUGUGUGUGUG